AUGAACGAACAAUGCGCUCUCCAUUUUACUGGCCCUCCUGGAAGUGAAGUAGACGAUCUUGGUUUUCGACGUCCAUGGGAUGUAAAACUUGACGAAAACUCCACUUACUUCAAAGCAGCAAAUGCCUACUCGGAAUUUUGGACCCAGUACUUGCCGACGUUGGUGAGGAGGCGAAAGAGAUGGGAGAAAGUCGAUCCAAGAACACAUCCUUUGCUGAUGCAACGUUUCAUUCACAAGGGCGUACCAUCGACGUUCCGGAAAGAGAUUUGGCUGCGUAAUUGUCCGCCUCGUGGUGAGAUCCCGUCAACUUCAGUACCGAAUUUAGUGGCUGAAGAGAUUCGACUUGAUCUACCGCGAACAUUUCCCGAUAAUAUUCGAUUACGAAACACAAAAGCCCAAAACACGGUGGGAAGGAUUUUGUAUGAGUUGGCCCGGUUUGUUCCAUCGAUCGGCUAUUGUCAAGGUCUCAACUUCAUCGCCGCUCUUUUGUGGCUGCUUUUGGAGAAUGAGGAACGGACGAAAGAUCUUCUUAUAUUUUUGAUAAAACCCCGAAGCUCUUGGUAUGGAAUGGAUAUGAGUGGAUUGCGCAGAGAUAUGCGAGUAUUGUAUGAGUUGUUACGUCAAGAAGUACCGGUGAUUUGUUCGACAUUGGUUCGUCUCGAUGUCGGUUUGGAUCUCCUACUCGGAAAAUGGUUCCUUUGCUGGUUUCUGGAAGUUCUUCCGAUGGAGACGGUUCUCCGAAUUUGGGAUUGUUUCAUUUACGAGGGCGAUGUUUGGUUCUUUCGAGUUGCGAUACGAUUGCUACGAAUAAAUUCCAUAAAAAUUGCCGCCUGCAAGACGAUGGAUCAACUAUUGACAACGAUUCAAUCAAUCGGACCGAGUAAACCCUCACUUAAAUGUCAUCUGCUUAUACAGAAUGCGAUGAGCGAAAAGAUCACUCAAGAUCAAGUCGACGCGUUGAGAGAUCGAUUCUCGAAAGAAUUC